AUGGCUGGGUUUGGGACGAUGCGCGAGACGCUCAAGGCGCUCAAUACCACCUUCGCUGCCCCGGCAGCUCCGUACCCCCUUCCCGAAGAGCUCCGCGAUACAAUCGCCCGCUUCCUCGAAAAGUAUGAUGAUAUCGACGAUACCGAUUCGCAGCGCUUCCACGAUGACCUGCUGCCUCUCUACAACAAGCAUGUCGCCAACAAUCCUGAGAAUCUCGGACCGUUCCUUAGCGUUCUGCGAGCUGUUCGGCCUGCGCUCACGGGGGAGGCACGGUUAGGUGAGUGGUGGGACCUUGUGCUCAAGCCCACAAUCGACAGUGUCGGGCACAAGAAACAUGAGCUUGAAGAGGCAAAGGAGCUGUUACUGAGCUUCCUGGUAUAUGAAGUACACGAUGACAAAGAUAAGGACAAGGAGUGCGCGCGGCUGUCGGAUCUGUUCCUGCGGAAGACGUUAGACGUGUAUCUCGCGCGGACCAAGGUCCCUUCAGAGACUGAGGAUAUUAUCUCUCCGGAAGACGACUACAUAUCGAACGAGGUCGAAUCGGUAUUGGUUGCAUUCGGACGAAAGCAACCGAAAGAGCUGCUCCUCGCCGUCGACGAGCUCUUCGUCCAGAAACGGUAUCGCACCCAAGCCCUUAUUCUGCUCAAUGCCUUCGUCCGGCUGCAAACUCCUCAUCUCCACGUGGUCCUCGAGACCCAGCUCAUACAGCAUCUCGAAAAAUGCUUGCUCAUCGACACAUCCGCCAGCGCCGUUGGCCAGGCCCUGGUAGUACUCAUCAUGUUCCUGCCACACAUCACUUCAGCACUUACGUCCGAUCACCAUCUUCCACGGCUGUUCCUCAUUUACAGCAGGCUGAUAUGUUGGGACAAGUUCGGCAGCUCUAGCGAUGCAACAGACACUGAAUCCGCAUACGAAGACGACGUCUCGGACAGCUCAGAUGAGGAGGACUCCGACCCGGCAUGGGAACAGCUGCAACACUCUGCUCAGCCUCCCGACACAUCUCCACCUACUGCACUGCUACACUACUUCACUUUCCUCUACGGGCUCUUCCCGCUGAACUUCAUGAGCUUCGUUCGGAAACCCAGGAAGCUGCUAAAGUCCAUGAACUUUCCUGGUGCGGAUGACUUUGACCUAGACCCUGAUCUACUUCACAGUAGGACAGAGCCCUAUCGACGAGUCCAUCUGUUGCAUCCAAAUAUGUUCUCAACGACCAUUGAAGAUGAAUUGACGGAAAACAGAUGGCUCGACAGCGAUCCUGCUGACGUAGUCAUGGAGUGUAUGGAAUUAUGUGUGGCUGUGUCAACUACUCUUGAUGACCCUGGACCACCUCCCACUUCCAAACUGCCCGAUCUGCCUGUACCGCCUAUUCCUGAGACAGAAUUUGCCCUCGAUGACGGCAUCACUGUACAUGAUUCGACGGCUAGUUGGAGGAACACUCAAUCAACGAUGGUUGCGUCUUCCGCGACCAGCCAACCCGACAUUCCCGACAGCUUCGAGCUCCCAGAGAACGCUAAGGCGGUCACUUCGGCCUCGCCACUGUUGCAAUGUAAAGACGUGAUCGAGUCGCCAACACUUCCACCAACGAAGGAGGCACCGAGAAAACAGAGCUUUCUCUCCGCACCAUCCGCCGCUCCACAGCGCCUUACUUUACAUACCGCCAGCGCCAAUAACUUUGCGCAAACCAUUAGUGUGGCAGGUUCUCCCACGCAGUCAGAAUUCAAGAAUCUAAGCAUGGCUGCAUUGCAGAGAGAGAUAAUGCUCCUACGGAACGAUCUCAACUUCGAACGAUAUCUCAAGGCUCAGCACAUAGCACACAUUGGGCAGAUGCAAAGAAAGCAUAUCAAGGAAGCCACUGCCGAAGCCGACACCCAGAAUCUUAUCAAUACGAACAAAACUCUCAAGGCUAAGCUCGCUAAGAUGAACGAGCAGUAUGCCCAGCUGAAGAAGGAAACACUCACUCGUCGAAACCAGACACAGAACUGGGAACGCGAACUUACCGGCAAAGUAAAGUCAUAUAGGGAAGACAGCAAAUCACGACACGAUGCAGAAGAAACUUUGCGCUUUGAGCUCAGGAAGGUGCAGACAGAUUUUGAGCACCUAAAGAAAAUUGUCGAAAUUGCUGAGGCCAAGGAAUUGCGCGCCAAGCAGCGUACUGAGGCUCUCGAGUUCGAGCUAGAGGACUAUGGCAAUAUGCAAAAGGAGCUUGAAGCUGCCCAAGAGAAGAUUGCGGAGUAUGAGAGCCAGAGUAAAGACCUGAACUCUCUCAUCCAGCAGCGUAACGAGUUGCGCAAUGAUCUCGAGCUUACUCAUAUGCGGUUGAACAGCCGGGAGCUGGAGCGUGAACGAGCCAUCAAAGCAUACGAACGAAGGAUCAUGGAACUCGAAUCACGGUUACAGUCCGCAGAAAAAAGCGCCAUCAAGCCGGGUCAACUUCCACCAUCCAUGCAACAGAUGGUAGACUCGGUCAUCGCUCAGAACAACUCCAAAAUGGCCAACAUGAAGAAGAUGUAUCAGCGUUUGCAAGAGCAGAAGAUGGAGCUCGAAAUGGAAUAUCACGAGCUUAGGGGCGAGCAUCAAGCUCUUGUCGGACGCCUGCGUCAUGAUGAUGGGGUAGAUACUAAUGACCGUGAGAGGGACGCGCUUAGUCGCAACUUCAGCGCUCGCUCCAGUGGCAUGUACGAUUCCAGGCUCCUUCCUCCACUGACAUCGGACAUCUCUCCGGGCUACGAUGGCUACGGCCAACACCUGUCACCGACAUCUCCGACUAGCCCUUCUUUCGCUGCGCCUCCGCGACAGCCACGGUUGGACUCCCUAGCGCGUUCACAUGUGCAGAACUACGGACAUGACUUUUCGGGACCCUAUGAGCAGUCCCUCAAUGCUCUUUUCGAGAACCAGAAUGCUGCGGUGCCAGGUCAAUCAAGCGGGCAGAGUGAGCAUUCCGCAGAGACGAGUAGCAGCAAGGGUGAAAAGAGAGAUCGAGCAGCUGCGAAGCCGGAUCCUCGACCUUUUUACGGCGGUCGCGGCGGCGCACAGAACUUCUCGAGCAAAAAGAAGGAAACGAAAGAUCCCAAAAAGGCGGCGGAAAAGAAGACUGGAGGCUUCCGUGGCCUGCGGAACAUCGUGUGA